CCCCGCAGCCGAGACCCCGCCCCCUGAGGGGAUCGGCUUGUAUUCUAGGCCUUUCAGUUUGAGCGGACCGGCGCGCCUUCCUCAAGGAGGGUGGGGAUUUUCGCGGCCGCUGUCGAUGGAGGAACUGGAGCAAGGCCUGCUGAUGCAGCCAUGGGCAUGGCUACAGCUCAGCGAGAACUCCCUGUUGGCCAAAGCUUAUAUCACCAAGCAGGGCUAUGCCUUGCUGGUUUCGGAUCUUCAACAGGUGUGGCAUGAGCAUAUGGAUACUAGUGUGGUGAGCCAGCGAGCCAAGGAGCUGAACAAGCGCCUGACCGCUCUCCCGGCAGCUUUUCUCUGUCAUUUGGAUAAUCUGCUUCACCCAUUGUUGAAAGAUGGUGUCCAGCCUGAUGCAGCUGCUUUCUCCUGUGAGCGUGUGGCAGAGGCACUGAUUCUCCGGGUGCGGAGUGAACUCUCUGGUCUCCCCUUCUAUUGGCAUUUUCGCUGCAGUCUGGCUAGUCCCUCCCUGGUCUCCCAACAUUUGAUUCGUCCUCUGAUGGGCAUGAGUCUGGCAUUGCAAUGCCACGUGAAGGAGCUAGCAACCUUGCUUCGGAUGAAAGAUCUAGAGAUUCAGGACUACCAGGAGAGUGGGGCUACGCUGAGCAGAGAUCGAUUGAAGACUGAGCCAUUUGAAGAAAAUUCUUUCUUGGACAAAUUUAUGGCAGAGAAACUACCAGCAGCAUGCGACAUCAGCAAUGGAAGGCCCUUUGUCAAGAAUCUGCAGAGUCUGUAUGUAGCAGUCACCAAACAGGAACUCCAAGUGGGACAGAAGCACCAAGGUGCUGGAGAUCCUCAGACCUCAAGCAGCACCUCCCCUGAAGGAGCUGGUAGCCAGCUUCCGAGCCAGCCAGAACAGCCAGUCUCCUCAGAAGCAUCCUCCUCACUGCCUGAGAAAGAGCCCACUGGUACUGCAGGCCUCAUGCAGAGACCUCAGCUGUCCAAGGCCAAGAGGAAGAAGCCAAGGGGGCUCUUCAACUAGCCUGUCAUGGUCUCAGCCUCUGGGAUGGACCCGGAGAAUAGCCUCCCAGCAUCACUGGGAAAGGAGCUCCAUGGCAGAGUAUACCUCAUACAGACUUACAGUCAGAGGCCACUGUUGGGCAAGAGGACAAAGUUCAUGUGGGCAGGCCACCUGAAUGGGACUGUUAACCAAGGGAAUCCUGGCUUAAGCCCACUGGGCAUUGGUCUUCUCUGUUUGAAUGGAAGCUAAUCUCUGGAAGUCCAUACUUUCCUUUCUUUUGGUGGAGGUUCUUCAGACCCAGGACCCUACCUUGGCUUUGGUAUAUACAGCUGGUCUGCAAAGAGUACAGAAUGUCUACCUUUCUCCAGAGUUCCUAGCCAGUCCCAGAUGCUCCUCGGAGACCUACUUCUCUCAUUGGCACAGAAUAAAAUCACUUCCAAUCCCCUGCUUUUGAGAUUAUUUUUCUAUGAACUCAUUACCACCUUACCUCAUUGAGGCCUGUUGUUAUCCCUAGGUGAAAUCUGAGCCCACGUUCCAGUCCUUGGGGUUCUUCUUAAGCUUCUCUGCUGUGGCCUGAGCCACAGCUUCAGAAACUUUUAUCUCAGGAACUCCUCCAUGGUGGCACAAGACAGACUACUGUUC